AUGCCAGAUGGUCAGUUAAAAUACGAUUUUAUGUCAGCUGCUACACGUCAUUUACCUUAUGGACGAUCAGGAGAUAGGGAGAUGACUAUGGUAAUGAAAGUUGAAUGUGUGGUUAACAUUCCUUAUGUUGACGGCUUUGAUUUUGCUGAUGGUUUUAAUAUUGUUCAUGUUUUAGUUACUGAUUUGAUCGAUGAAAAUUCAGCAAAAAGAGAAGCUAAAGCUCUUUCAAAUGCUGGAACAGACUUUGUUACAUCAAAAGUUGUAACUCAACAUUACAAUUGGGAAGGCAUACAUUUAGCGACCAGAAUUUUAGACAUAAAGAACUCUGGAAUUAUAAUUGACGCCUUCAUUGCAAAAAUCAUGAAACAAGAUAAGUUAAUCUGGGUUAACAAGUACACGGGAAGAAGGAACAAAGUUAAACGUAAAAUCUACAAGAAAGUAAAGCGUCAAGUUUAUGCUGACAUCCCUUCUGACAUAAACUAUAACAUAUUUAUCAAUUACACUAAGAAUAAUAACUUCGUAGGAAUAUAUACUGAAAUAUUCAAAAAAGACAGAGGAGGGAUGAUCGAUUCAGUUAUGGAAUUCAAUAAAACGAGUGUUUAG